CCCAGCACGGAGUCGCCAUGCGCCUCUCACUGUUCACCUCUAUCAACGUCUCCCACGCAACAUGAAGAACCGGUGGUUAUGGCGUUUCCUGCCCUUGGCGCUUCUGCUAUUGCAGGCGCUUCUGGUCGAAUCCACGGGGCAACCUGAUACACAAUUCUCAACAAGCGAUGUCGCCUCCGAAGCAAACGCAAACCCCCAGUCCUCAAGCGGGCCCGAGGCCCCUGAAGUCCUACCCGGACAUGAACACGUUGAAACCGCCCUUCGAAUCCUCCGAGACUCGAAAAUCGCCAUCGUCGCCCCUGAGAAACCGUCCGGCCUCGUCGGCUACGCCCUCCACUAUGCUCAGGAAGCCUUCCGCGUGCUAUUCAUGAACGGCCCGCCAUCAGAUGGAUCCGAGAAACAGAAGAUUCACCCCCAUGUCGCCAAAUCUGUGGAGGAGCUCACAAUCGCGGCAGAGAAGGACAACAACCCGGACGCGAUCUUCCUCCUGGCUGAGAUGAAUUUCCACGGCAACUUCACCCACCCCCGGGACUUUGUCCGGGCGUUCCACUGGUAUCAGACUCUGGCAUCGUCGACAGGAAACAGCACCGCACAGUAUAUGCUCGGGUUCAUGUAUGCCACGGGCGUUGGGGGCUCCGUGGAACGCGACCAAGCGAAAGCUCUCCUGUACCAUACCUUUGCUGCGGAGGCUGGGAAUACCAAAUCUGAGAUGACCCUGGCGUAUCGCCACCAUGCUGGAAUCGGGACUCCAAGGGAUUGCGACCAGGCUACGUAUUACUAUAAGCGGGUGGCGGAUAAGGCGAUUGAGUACCUCCGAUCGGGACCACCCGGGGGCCACGGCAUGGCUCGUGAGUCUUAUCGGUGGCCCGACGAGGAAGGGGGAGUUUAUGGCGAAGGGGCUAGCGUGUCGACGAAUACGGUGCGCGAUUCGCAUGCCACCGAAGCGAGUCUAGAGGAUGUGUUGGAGUAUCUGGAUCUGAUGUCGCGGAAGGGCGAGCUGAGGGCUACGUUUAAUCUGGGCAAGAUGUACUAUGAGGGGGGGCGCGGGAUGCCGAGGAGUUUCCGCACCUCGAUGAGGUAUUUCAAGCAGGUGACCAAACGGUACUGGAACAAGGACGGAUCGGUGAAUCCGAACCAUCCGAUGGGGAUCGAGAAGCUGGCUGCCAAAGCAGCGGGUCAUAUUGGCAUGAUGUAUCUGCGGGGCGAGGGUGUGGAGCAGAACUUCGCGACGGCCAUGACUUGGUUCCGGCGUGGAAUCGCCAACGGGGAUGCGCUCUGCCAGCACGAGAUCGGAUUGAUGCACCUGCAUGGAUACGGCGUGGUGCAGGAUGCCUUCCGCGCCGCAUCGUACUUCAAAGCCGCGGCCGAGCAGGACUUCCCGGCGUCGGAAACGAGACUGGGCGCCCUGUUUCUGGACCAGGGCGAUGUGCAGACGGCCACGCGGUAUUUCGAGCUGGCUGCGCGCUGGGGGUGGAUGGAGGCGUUCUACUACCUGGCGGAGCUGUCCAACAACGGAAUCGGCCGGGAACGACACUGUGGGAUGGCGGCAUCGUACUACAAGAUGGUUGCGGAGCGGGCAGAAGCCAUCCACUCGUCCUGGGAGGAAGCGAACACGGCGUACGAGAACGGCGACAAGGAGCGGGCUCUCGUGCCGGCCAUGAUGGCUGCCGAACAGGGGUACGAGCACGCGCAGUCCAACGUGGCAUUCCUGCUCGAUGAGCAGCGAUCUCUGCUCCCGCUGGACUCGAUCAUCCCCGGUACGCAGAAGAGCCGGCCGGCCCUGCUCCGCAACGCGGCCCUGGCUCUGAUCUACUGGACGCGGUCGGCCAAACAGGCGAACAUCGACUCGCUGAUCAAGAUGGGCGACUACUACCUGGCGGGCAUGGGCAUCGCGGAGGAUGCCGAGAAGGCGUCGACCUGCUACCACACCGCGGCGGAAGUCCACUACAGCGCCCAGGCGUACUGGAACCUGGGCUGGAUGCACGAGAAUGGCGUGGCCGUGGACCAGGACUUCCACAUGGCCAAGCGGUACUACGACCUGGCGCUGAGCACCAGCUCGGAGGCGUACUUGCCCGUGAAGCUCAGUCUGCUGAAGCUGCGGAUGCGGGGGUACUGGAACUGGCUGACGAACGGAGACGUGAACCCGAUCCGGGAGGAAGAAGACGUACGCCCCCACAGAACCCUAAAGGAAUGGAUUGCCGCCUUCAUCGAAAACGACGAGGAGGAAGAAGCAAACUACCGCGCGCAGAUGUACAAACGGGCCGAAGAGGAAGAUGAGGACAUGAUGUCGAGUAACCGGCUCGAUGAACGGCACGACGACGGCUACUACGACGACCUGGAGCUGGAUAUCGAUGAGAGCGUCCUCGAGGGCCUGAUCAUCGUCAGUCUGGCCGCCACCCUGCUGAUCCUGGUCUAUCUGCGCCAGCAACGCAACCGACAGCGCCAGAACGACGGGGGGGUUGCGGCUGCGGGGAAUGCGAAUGCCAAUGGCAAUGCGAAUGUCAAUGAUCGGGGGUUCUUUCCUCGGCCGGGCGAGCCGGAAUUCGCGCAGUGGGCGGCUGGGGGCGUGGGGCAUUGAUACAUUUCAUUGAUCUAGUGGUAGUGGUACUUUCGUAGAGGCGCUAUCUUAAU